AAGCGCCAUUUUAAAUAAAUAGAGAAGAGCGGUAGAUCCGGUGUCUGGACUAAAAGAAUAAAGAACGACAACUGUCGUGUGUGUGGCUCUGCAGACGUCAUGGCGUCUAAAGCAGGUAAAAGAGAGGAGAAAGGGCGAAACAUCCAGGUGGUGGUCCGCUGCAGGCCCUUCAACACCACAGAGAGGAAGACUUCAUGCAGCGUCAUCGACUGCGACCCCAGCAGGAGGGAGGUGAGCGUGAGGACGGGAGGGAAGCUGGACAAGUCCGCACGCAAGACCUACACCUUCGACAUGGUGUUUGAUCCGUCUGCCAAGCAGAUCGAUGUAUACCGCAGCGUGGUGUGUCCCAUCCUGGACGAAGUCAUCAUGGGAUACAACUGCACCGUGUUCGCCUACGGUCAGACGGGCACCGGGAAGACGUUCACCAUGGAGGGGGAGAGGACUCCCAACGAGGAGUUCACCUGGGAGGAGGAUCCUCUGGCCGGCAUCAUCCCGCGGACGCUGCACCAGAUCUUCGAGAAGCUGUCCGAGAACGGCACCGAGUUCUCCAUCAAAGUGUCCCUGCUGGAGAUCUACAACGAGGAGCUGUUCGACCUGCUCAGCCCCAACGAGGACGUCUCCGAGCGCCUGCAGCUGUUCGACGACCCGCGCACCAAGCUCGGCGUGGUGGUGAAGGGCCUGGAGGAGGUCACGGUCCACAACAAACACGAGGUGUACCAGAUCCUGGAGCGAGGAGCAGCCAAGAGGAGGACGGCCUGCACGCUGAUGAACGCCUACUCCAGCCGGUCCCACUCCGUCUUCUCAGUGACCAUCCACAUGAAGGAGGUGACUCUGGACGGAGAAGAGCUGGUGAAGAUCGGAAAGCUCAACCUGGUGGAUCUGGCCGGCAGUGAGAACAUCGGCCGCUCCGGCGCCAUGGACAAGCGAGCCCGAGAGGCUGGAAGCAUCAACCAGUCGCUGCUGACGCUCGGCCGGGUCAUCACGGCGCUGGUGGAGAAGAGGCCGCACAUCCCCUACAGGGAGUCGAAACUCACCAGGAUCCUUCAGGACUCCCUGGGAGGACGAACGAAGACCUCAAUCAUCGCCACCGUGUCGCCGUCGUCCCGCAAUCUGGAGGAGACUAUGAGCACGCUGGAAUACGCCAGCAGAGCCAAAAACAUCAUCAACAAGCCCGAGGUCAACCAGAAGCUCACCAAGUCGGCUCUGAUCAAGGAAUACACGGAGGAGAUCCGCCGCCUGAAAAGUGACCUGGCCGCCACCCAGGAGAAGAACGGCAUUUUCGUUGCUGCGGAGAACUACGAUCGUAUGAUUGGGCAGAUCGAGUGCCACGAGGGCGUCGUCCUGGAGUACCAGGACAGGAUCAGCGCCAUGGAGGAGGAGCUCAGGAAGGUGACGGAGCUGUUUGGGGACAGUAAGGCGCAGCUGGAGCAGUGCACCGUGGAGCUCGAGGAGAAGCAGCAGAGGCUGGAGCAGACCAGCAGACAUCUGCAGGAGACGAAGGAGAAGCUUUUGCAGGAAGAGUUCGUCUCCUCGAAGCUCAGCUCGGCUCAGGCGACGCUGUACAGCACGGCGGGACAGCUGUUGAGCACCGUGAACGAGAGCACCAGGGACGUGUCGGGCCUCCACGACAAGCUGGAGCGCAAGACGAAGGUGGAGCAGCACAACCAGCAGGUCCACCAGAGCUUCACGCAGCAGAUGGACGGCUGCUUCAGCAGCAUCCAGCACUCGGUGCAGCUGCAGGGCGAGAAGCAGCGCUGCAUGCUGGGAAACUACUCGCAGGCCUUUGACGGCCUGCUGCUGCUGAACCGGUCCAUGCUGAAGGACACGGUGUCCUCCGUGGCGUCUCUGAUGGGGGGCUUCCGGUCCGUCGUGGAGCAGAGCGUGGCUCGCUGUCUGCAGAAGGUGGAGCGGGACCAGGAGCUGAGCCUGGAGGCCAAGCAGGGCCUGCUGCGGGUGCUGGAGGAGCAUCGGCAGGACGUGGAGGAGGUGCUGCUGUCGCAGACCCUGGACGGUUUAUCAGCGGUGAGGGAGCUGACGGACGCUCUGAAGGCCUCGGCGGAGGCGCAGCGAGCUCUGGCUGACGAGGUGGAGGCCAUGAAGGAGUCGGGUCAGUUCUUCCGGGCCCUGGUCCAGGAGCUGGCUGCGCUGCGGCAGGAGGCCGUGCAGGGCCUGAGCGGCCUGCAGGCGCAGCUGCUGGCUCUGCAGGAGAAGCUCCAGCAGGAGGAGCAGCGGCAGCAGACGAGCAUCGAGUCCAUCCGGAAACAGCUGAACCAGGCUCUGCAGGACCACCUGGACCAGAACUUCCUGGGCCUGCGCUCGGCCUCUGCAGACAUGUGCGGACCCGUGCAGAGCCUCCAGGAGACGCUCAGCAGCGGCGUCGGUUCGGUGGAGAGCCGGGCCUCGGACCGGGCCGACCUGCUCUCCUCCGCCUCCCUGGCCCUGGCCUCCUCUCUGCACGUCAACUCCAAGGGCAGCCUGCAGGCGGUGGAGGAGGUGAACCAGGUCUGCUCCAACAUCCACAGCUCCGUGUCAGGGCUGCUCCAGCGUCACACCUGGUGGAGCUCCGCGGCGUCGGAGGAGGCCGAGAGCCGGGUCAAGGAGCGCCGGUCCAGGAUGGAAGAGCUGUCGUCUGAAACGCAGAGUCUGCAGCAGAGCGUGGAGGAGCGCUGCUCGCAGCAGCUGCAGGCGCUGGAGGAGGAGCUGGGCCGGAGGGGGGAGGAGGCGCAGCGGGCCGCGAGGGAGGCGCAGGAGCAGACGCGUGAGGAGCAGGCUGCGGUGGAGCGGCAGGAGGCGGAGCUGCAGGAGCAGCUGGAGGCCGGUCGCCGGCUGCUGCGCAGCUUCCUGCAGGAGGAGCUGCAGCACGACGCGCCCACCGGCGCGACCCCUCAGCGGCGGCAGUUCGAGUACCCUCGGAAGGUGGGGACGCCGCGGAGUCGCGGCGAGUUGCUGGAGAGCCUGAGGAGGCAGCAGGAGGCGCUGCAGGACGCCCUGGACGAGCAGGAGGAAGACCAGGCGGACGAGGAAGAGAGCAAGCUGGAGCAGGAGGACGAGGAGGACAAACUGAGUCUCACUGGUUCUGACUCUGUGGAGGACGAGAACAAGACCACAGAGCCAGCCAACGACGAGAACCUGGACUUCGACCAGCGUGUACGGCUCCCGUUCUUCCAGAAGAAAAAAGGCGCGAAGAAAGACGGCAAGAUCCUCGCCCCUGAACAAAGUCCAAGAUCCAAACUGCCGCUUCGCUGCAAGAACUGAGGAUUCCCAGUGGUUUUAAAAGUUUGUUUCCUCUUUUUAACGUUUUUUUUCCUGUCUUAAAUAUCUUUUCAUUCAAUAAAGUAUUAAUGU